UGUUACAGGGCCACCUGGAGGUGUACCCAGCCUAGCUAGGCUUCUGGAGGAGGCACCAGAAAACCCGGUUCUUUGCCCUUUGGGUCCUUGCGUUUGGUACCAUGUUGUGAACGAGAGAGUUCAUCUGUCAUCCUGCAGUUGCUGGACAAUAGCUCCCGCACAGGCAAAGAGAACAAACCCGGGUUGAGAAGGGAAGACGGCCGGGCUAUGCUGGUGCAGCCUGUCGAUGUGAUACCAGCCCUGGCUGCAACAUCUGCAGGAGGUUUUACCUCCUUGUGGUGAGGGGCAGGAGCUGCGUGCGCACCUCCCAGUGCCUUGGCUGGCUUCCGGGGGUGCUCCUGACCGCAGGUGUCCAGCUCCACUCCCGGGCUCGGCUGGUGCUCGGUGCCAUCAUCCCCGAGGCCGAGGACAGGCCCCCGGGCGGUGCCCCUGGGCAAAAGCGGAAGCGACGAUGCCCACAGUGAGCAGGAGCGGUCGCUUUGAAAACCCCUCCGCUGCCUGUCUGCCGAGAUACUGAUGACGCUCAAGCAGCGGCUGUAUAAAAUGCGGCGAGCGAGGCGGGCUGGGACCUGUGCGGAGCGGUGGCCAUGGGGCUGCUCGGAGCUAUGCGGGGUCUCAUCGUGCUCCUGGUCCUGGUCGCGCUGGGAGAGGCGGACGAGGCACCAAAGGUGGAUGUAUACUCCCGAGAUCUUGUCACUAUGGGAAAGGAAAACACCCUCAACUGCUUUGUGAGUGGUUUCCACCCUCCAAGGAUUGAAAUCUCCCUCCUCAAGAAUGGGGAGCCCAUGAACAACGUGAAAUACACAGACUUGACCUUCGAUGACAAGUGGCACUUCCAGCGCCUGGCAUACGUGCCUUUCACCCCCCAGAAGGGUGACAUCUACCUUUGCAGAGUGGUCCAUUCUACCUUCAGGGAGCCACAGUAUUUCCAGUGGGAUCCAGACUUCUAAGCUGUUCCUGGAAUAAGUGUGGUCUGAAAAGUUCUGCCUUGCAAGUCCAGAUCUUCUCGGAACUUCUGUCCUUUCUGCACAUCUCACUUGUGGAUCUGAUGAAAAGCAGCUAUCGGCUUCAUUGCAGAAGAAUUUUCUUUAGUAAAGCUUAUGUCAUUUACUCAAAGCACUACAGGUGAUAGGCCUGCUUUUUAGCACAGAGCUAUAAAAGUCUGUGUUACUGAUUAAAAAUCAGUCUAAAUUCUUCAGUGCUCUGAGUUGCACAGGAUUUUUAUCUCAAUAAAAUUGAAUGACUUCAGUAGGGUCUCUUGAAGAAGAAAGAAGAAUUAAAGUUUCAUGUGGGAUCUGCCUGGGCACAGCCUCCUGUGUGCCUCUGAGGGGAAGGCAUCAAGUUAAAGAUAAAAGGGAAAAAGUAAUUCUGGGGACGCUCGGUCUGAUCUUCAAACUGUGUGAGAGGAAAAGGAGGGAUGGGCAGGAUGUGGGACCCACUUCAAGGGGGAGAGCUCCAGCUGAUGACUCUUGUGAGCGUGUGUUGUAAAGCUGGACUGAGGGGAAGGCGAGGUGUGUGUCAGUGACUUUCACUUCUGGUUUUCUGUUCCAUGAGUGGUUGACCACAUGGAGAAGUCCUUUUGGGGACAAUCUCCUGCUGUACUGUAGGGGUUUGAUGGUAGUAGUCCAAAAUGGUGCUACUUUGUAAUGUUCAUCAGACCGCUUUCAUUCUAUGGAGAAAUAAGUAGGAUUGCUGGAUGAGCGCUGGAUCAAAGAGGAUCUCAUCAGUGUGGAUAUCAUGUAUGUGAACAAGGAUUCCUGGCAACCCAGUGGGUGUGAUCUAGCACAUGUCUCUUCUUGGGUAUAUUAAGAUUUGCUUUGGCUGGUGGUGUAAUGCACUUGGUAUUUAGGCUUGUUUUGCAGCUUAUAACCACAGUUCUAUUAAAGACUGGGAAAAUUCAAA